AUGAAACCUGCUGCUACUGUUUUAAAAUCAAGACCUAAACGUGUUUCGAAAAGACGGGAAAAUGAUAAAACAAUCGGAAAAGAUCAGUCUACAACAACAACUUCAGCAGGUUCUGAUCAUGAUGAUAUUCUUGAAGAAAAAUCAAGAAUCUCGGCUAAUGUAUGGGAGCAUGCCAGAAAGGAUGGAAAUGAUGAUGAAUUAGCGAUUUGUUCGAUUUGUGGUAAAUCGAUUUCACUCAGCAAUAAAUCAACAACAACUCUUAGAAAUCAUUUAAUUGCAGUUCAUGGAAAAACCGAAUUAAAACUUGAAAAUAUAACAAAAACAAAACGUACUAUUCCAAUAAACAAAAAACAUGAACUUGAUGAACUUUGUUUGAAAUGUAUCGUACAAGAUGGUAGAGCGUUUGGUGAUUUACGUAAAACAGGAAUUUUGAAACUAUUUCGAGCGGUAAUGCCUGGAGAUUUUCAAAAUGACUUUUGUGAUGAAAAUAUGCGGCCAGGUCUUGGCUUCUGA